AACUUGGAAUGUCCUGCAAUAUCUAACAUGUAAGCACGUCAAAUCAUUUUCUAGACAGAAUCCGAAUCUCUCUUUUUCUGUUUCUCUGUCUCUCGUUCUCUUUCAACAUGGAAUUUGAAAAGCAUGAAAAAGGAAGCUUAUUAAAUGAGAAUUUAGAGGAGAAACUGACGGUCUCUUCUGGUGAUUCUGAAGCCAAACCUCUGAUCUUCACAUUUGUCCCCACUGUCAGAAGACUACCAACCCACUCUCAGUUGGCUGACACCUCUAAAUUUCUUGUUAAAAUUCCUGAGGAACCAAGUGAUAAGAAUCCAGAAACUGUAAAUAGGUCUAACUUCAAUGAGUACUUGACUGUGAAUGCUGGGAGCCAACCGGAAAGAGACCAAGAGAUAUCGACUUAUCCUUCAGGGAUCAGAGAAAAGAUUUCACAAGGAAGGGGAUUUAAAGCAAACAAACCUCAAGGAAUGCAGCAAAGUGACCUCUUCAAAGCUGAAUAUGUCUUUAUUGUGGACUCUGAAGGAGAAGAUGAAGCUAUAAACAGAAAAGGUGAACAAAGCCCCCCAAGUGGCAUGGGCACUACAGCUACUCGGCCCAAGUCUCUAGCAAUCACCUCUAGUCUGGUCUCUGAUGUGGUGCGUCCAAAAACCCGGGGGGCCAACCUUCAGGCCCCAUCGCAUCCUGAAAUGCCUCAUGGGAUUGCUCCUCAGCAAAAGCAUGGGCAGUUAACUUCUUCUUCCACUACCUCUGAGCAGCUUGCCUGUAAACCACCUGCUUUCUCCUUUGUUUCUCCAACUAAUCAAACAACGCCACCUGACCCAGUCAACCUCGGCGGAGCCUCUGUCCUAGAGCAGUUCCACAGUAGGCAGCUGGAUGUCAGUGGGGCCUUGGUGGAAGAGACAGCUACGUAUUUUCAAACUUCUGCUCACUCUUCACCCCUUUCUACAUCGAAGGGCAACUUCUCGACGGUUCAGUUUCCCCAUUCCACUCAGUUAUCGGGUUCUAAUUUAUCCAGUCCCAGCGCAACAGAUCAAAAACCUGGACCGACAUCUGAAGUUCCGAGGAAAACGACAAUGUUGACCUCGCAUGCCCUUAGCCCCAGAGAAAGCCCGAGAACCUCUUCUUCACCACUCUCUGAUGCCUCUGUGAAGUCGAAUCCAGCCUCGUACAUACCAGUCCGUAUUGUCAUGUAUUCACUCUCUCCAAGUCCAAAACCAUUUACUUCCUCUUUCCACGGCUCUUCUUCCACUAUCUGUAGCCAAGUGUCAUCUAGUGGAAAUCUCUCAAAGUCAGGGGUGAAAUCCCCGGUGCCUUCCCGACUUUCCCUUCUCACUGCUAUCCUCAAGUCAGACCCUUCUCACCAGAGACCUUUUUCCCCUGCAUCCUGUCCCACUUUCUCUCUUAAUUCCCUGGCUUCUUCCACAUUCACACUUGAUCAAAAAGUAAAGCAAACCCCACCCACCCCUAAAAAGUCUCUCUCAAGUUGCUCACUGAGAGCUGGGUCUCCAGAGCAAAGGGAAUACCAGGUCUCUGACCUUAGCCAGCAACGCUUUCACUUACCUUUUUUCACCGAAUCUGCUCCCUUUUCUCAGGCACUCUCCCCUUCUCCCACAAAACAUGUUAAUAGCAGCCUUGUUUCUUUGAAUGUGGAGAAAACACCAUCGCCUACUUUGAAGACCGACCCAAUGCUCUCCUCACUACAAACAAAAACAUUGAGUCCCGUAGGUCUUCCUCCUGUUCCACCAAGCUUUUCUCCUUUGUCUUGGAAGGGCAAAAGGGAUACUGACCUCAGGGGUCCAGAAAAGCCCAGGAAUAUUUACACAUAUCCUUCUACAGUAGCCUCCUCUACAUUAUCUUCUGUAUUUCCCACUAACCAAAGAGCUACACUCUCUGCUCCAGAGAAAUGUUUCCAUCCUUCCCCAGCUCUUUCAAAUCUGAUGAACAGAUCCCAGAAAGCAACACCACAGCUAUCUGGCCAGGAGCAGAAACCUUCAGUUCCUCCUUCACCUCCCAUCUCUCUUCCCAAAUUGGGGUCACCUCCUCUCCCUCAUGCUAAUCUUCCCACUCAGGCGUUCCAGCUCAGUCCCUCAGCACUACACCCAAAUUGUGGCAAUGGUAUCUUGCCUUCAAGACGUGGGAAAUCUGAAAGCUCAAUAUCUGACCACAUGUCAUCUGUUUCAACUCCAUCACCUCCCAUCUCUCUAACAAGAACGAAGGAGCCGAUUUCACCUUGUGCACUGUCCAUGUCAACAGGCCCUCAAAAUAAGAAACCCAAGCAAUACAAGACCAAGUCAAGCUACAAGGCUUUUGCAGCAAUCCCUACAAACACAUUGCUUUUGGAACAGAAGGCACUAGAUGAACCAGCCAAGACUGAAAGUGUCUCCAAGGACAACACAUUAGGCCCACCUCUGGAGUUUUGUUUCCCUGCACAGCUCAGGCAGCAAACUGAAGAGCUCUGUGCUACCAUUGAUAAGGUCUUACAGGAUUCCUUGUCUAUGCAUUCUUCUGAUUCUCCUUCAAGCUCCCUACAGACAUUGUUGAGUUCUGACACCGUCAAAACUCCUACAACUCUUCCAAGAGCAGCUGGUAGAGAAACGAAAUAUGCAAAUCUCUCCUCACCAUCCUCUACAGUAUCUGAAAGUCAGCUGACUAAACCUGGAGUAAUUCGCCCGGUACCUGUAAAAUCCAAAAUAUUACUGAAAAAAGAGGAAGAAGUCUAUGAACCCAACCCUUUCAGUAAAUACCUGGACGAUAACAAUGACAUCUUUUCUGAGCAGGGUGUGACAAUCCCUCACAAGCCUGUUUCUCUCCAUCCUUUAUAUCAGACUAGACUCUAUCCUCCUGCUAAGUCCCUGCUGCAUCCACAGACCCUCUCACAUGCCGACUGUCUCACCCCAGGACCCUUCAGUCAUUUGUCCUCCUUCUCACUGACUGAUGAACAGGAGAAUUCUCAUACCCCCUUUAGUCACAACGCAUACAAUAAGCUGAGUCAUCCAAUGGUGGCUAUUCCUGAACAUGAAACUCUUGAUUCCAAAGAGCAAUGAAGUUGGAGCAGAAGCUAAAAAUCCAGGCCGCGCUAAAGUUUUUGGAAUGCUGGUGCUAGGCAUUUGCUAGAUUUAACUCUCCCUGCCCAAAAUGAGUGUUCUCUUUAGCAGUGCAGCAAUGGAACGAAAAAAAAAAAAAAAGUUUCUUGCAAGCAUAUAACAUCUCAGUAUUCUAAUAACACCCAGCACUGGAAAGAUUUACCUACAGCUUCUUGAACCAUUGAUAGAGCUUUUAAUGCCUUCUAGUAAGCUGACAGCAAUACUAACAUGCCCCUAUGUUUAGCAGCCAAAUAAAGAAGAAUCAUGGGUAAAUAGAA